CUCAUUUGAGAACAUUUCGUUUAAUUGACUUCUCACGAAAUGUUGCUUUUUUUCCCCGUUUUGUGGCUCCUGUUUUCGCAAAGUUUGCAAGAAAAGUAUAUUGUAAAUAACGAAAAAUGCAAAAUCCCAGAUUUGGAAAUUUUUAACGAAGACGUCGCAAAUAUAACCCACCCAAAGCCUUACAGACCUUGCAACCAAACCGAACUUUUGAGUUAUGUGACCAAAAACGGCCCCAAUUUUGAGUUACACAUAAGAGAGGAUUUAAUCCCUCAAUACACCACUCAAAAUAUGACUUGUUGCUACUCUUAUGUGACGAGGAAUGGGUCAAUUGACCUCCCGGAUGUUGGUAUCAGUAUCUCGCCUUGUGUCCCCUUUUAUAAAAAAGUAGUUUUGGGGCAAAAUAUCGUCAAAGUUGUUUGUAACGACUCUAAGCUUGUUGUUUACCAGAACGUUCACGUGACAAUCCAGCCUCAAAAACCCCUCAAAAACGACUCAAACCCGUUCAGCGUUUUAUUGGUAGUAGUUGACAGCAUUUCCCGGCUGAAUUUUCACCGAACCAUGCCUCAAACCUCAAAUUUCCUCACGGAGAGGCAUUUCAUCGAAAUGAAAGCUUACUCAAAAGUGGACGAUAACACAUUCCCCAAUUGUAUGGCCCUCCUCACUGGUUUUAAUUUAAAACAGGCUUACAAACACUGCAACCCAUCAAAAAUCAACGCCUUGGAUGUUUGUCCCAUGCUUUGGUACGAUUUCCACGAAAAUGGGUACACCACGGCGUACGCCGAAGACGACACACCCAUUGGCACAUUCAACUACUUGAAAAAAGGGUUCACACACCCACCCACCGACUUCUAUUUCAAGCCCUACAUGGAAGCCAGCGAAGCCCUCGGGAUCCAAUACGUUGAUCAUAUGCCCUUUUGUACAGGCCUCGAGAGUGCCGGUGAGAGGAUUUUGAACGUGGCCAGGGAUUUUGCCACCACGUUCAAACACAAUCCCAGUUUUGGGAUUUUCUGGAUGAACACGUUCAGUCAUAAUGAAUUCAACGCGCCCUAUUCCAUGGACGCGAAACUGAAAGGGUUUUUCCGGGAUUUGGACGAGGCUGGGGUUUUGGACGAAAGCUUCGUUAUUUUACUCAGUGACCACGGGAUUAGAUUUGGGCCGGUUAUGGAAACCCACAGUGGGUGGUUAGAGGAGCGAAUGCCCAUAAAUAUGAUCUCAGUCCCAAAAAAAUUCAAACGAGAGUUUGGACGCGAGUACAAAAAUUUGAAACAAAACUCGGAGAAAUUGACAAACACCUAUGACAUGUUCAUGACUUUGCAACACAUUUUAGCAUUGAAGGGAGUCCAAUAUAAGGUCAGGCAAAGUGAGGGGUGUCCCAAUUGUGGUUCACUUUUUGACCCAAUUCCGGAGAGAUCGUGCGAGGAAGCGUCCAUACCCUAUCAAUUUUGUCCAUGUUUUGGACGUUUCAAAACACUCAAUUUGUCGCAAGUCCAAACUGGACGUGCCAAAUCACUCAAUUCACCGGAAGUCCAAACUGGACGUGUCAAAUCGGUCAAUUCGUCGGAAGUCCAAAAUGCGGUUGAGUACAUAAUUUUUCGGGCAAAAAAAGAGGUUUUGCAACGAUGUGGUAAUGACACUUUUAACUUUCAGUUAGGCUCAGUGAGUGUUUCAGAACCGGAUCAUGAAAAAAAUCAACUUCUUUUCAUGGUUUUUUUUAUUGAAAACACCACAGGAUUGGCAACUGUUAAAUUCAGAGAUGUUGUGACUGAAAAGUCGCUAUUUAAUUUCAGAUUUUUCAAUUUGUACUCAGUUUGUGACGUUAAGUUUGCACUUGAUUAAUUUAUAGUUUUAUUAUAAAAAGUACUUUUUUAAAAAUAAAUUUUUAUCUUGUGUUACAAUGAUCUCACGAGCUACUUAACAUUUUUUAUUUUACUUAAAUAAACAAAGAAUGACGUAAUUUCCGUGUUUGAAAUUUUUAAUCAAGGAAAUAAUUGUUGGGUUAUCCUAUGCAAUAUACAGGGUGUUUUCUUAAUAUUGCGAAAAAGUGCAACCACAUAUUCUACAUCGAAAAAUAACACUAAUUUGUCAAAUAAACAAUAUUCCUAUAAAGCUUCGUUACGGAUAUACAGAUUGAUAAAAUUUCAUGAUAAAAGAAAAGUUUCUUGGAAACCAUUUGAGUUAUUUUCUUAAAAUUUUACGGGUUUUGUAGGCCACUGAAAGCGCUUAUUUAUGUUAUUUUUUUAGGUAAAAUAUGUGAUUGCAGUUUUACACAAAAUAAAGAAAAAACUCUGUAUUUCUCACUAGAUUAUUUAGUUGCUUGAGUCAUUGGAUUGAUUGAAAAACUUUUUGAAGGUCUUGUUACCUAACAUCAAUUUUACAGGUGUCCCAAUAAAUUCUAUGAAAUCAAAAAUUUUUUUUCCAUAAAAAACCUUUGGUUUUUAUAAAAAUAAUAAAUUAUGUACAAUAGUCACACUUUAUUAUAUUGCCAUACUUAGAUUUUUUUUUAAACAUUUUAGACUUUAAAGUCCAUAAUAAAAAAUACGAAAAAUUACAACUGUUAACUAAUAUAAAAUACACUUUUAACUUUCAGUUAGGCUCAGUGAGUGUUUCAGAACCGCAUCGUGAAAAAAAUCAACUUCUUUUCAUGUUUUUUUUUUUAUUGAAAACACCACAGGGUUGGCAACUGUUAAAUUCAGGGAUGUUAUCACUGAAAAGUCGCUAUUUUAUUUCAGGUUUUUCAAUUUGUACUCAGUUUGUGACGUUAAGUUUGUACUUGAUUACUUUAUUGUUUUAUUAUAAAAAUAAAUUUUUAUCCUGUGUUACAAC